GGUUCACUGGGUAUUUUCCUCUACCCUUGCUUUUUGUGUUUUCUUCUACCCUCGAUCUCUUUCGAGCCCAGCUCUUGACUGUCUCCAGCAUUCCUGCGAAACUCUGGAAAGUAGUAUGUGUUCCAGGCGAUGGGAUUGGUGCCCGGUUCCAGGACUACUGCUGCUAUUGUCUCUCCUGGUGACCAGCAUUCAAGAUCCUUCAGUGCUUAGAAAGAUGGCAGUCUCUGGCAGCAAUGUGAGUCUGAAAAUCUCCGAGGAACUGUUUGGUAACUAUAAGCAACUAAUCUGGUUUUACAACACUAGUCAGAAGAUUGUAGAAUGGGAGGUGUUGUCCCCUGCUGUCUACUACAGAUCUUCAUUGAAGGACAGACUCAGUCUUGAUCCUCAAAGUCCUGCGCAUCUGCACAUCUCCAAAGUUCAGAAAGAGGACAGCAGUACUUACAUCCUAAGAGUGUCCAAGGAGAGUGGGAAAGAGCAGGAAUGGAAGAUACCCCUGCAGGUGUUUGACCCUGUUCCUGAGCCUAUCAUAGAAACUGAGAAGGCAGAAGAAGUAAAUGGCAAUUGUUAUCUGACUUUGUCAUGUGUGAUACAGGACCAGUCAGUCAGCUAUGUUUGGUAUGGAGACUCGGGGCCCUUUCCAAAGGAGCUCCAGAAAAAUGUGCUUGAAGUCACCCUUAAUACACAGAACCAGUCCAGAUUUUACACAUGCCAAGUCAGCAAUCCUGUGAGCAGCAAGAACGAUACGGUCUACUUCAUUCCACCCUGUACUAUAGCCAGAUCCUCUGCAGUAAUGUGGAUUGUAAGUUGGUGGAUGGUUGUCAUACCCACUGCUAUUGGCCUCCUACUUACUCAUGAUGAACUCCUCUAAUAAUUUAAGAGUGAAACUUCAAGAUCGCUGGAUCUUGCCUUCAUCAACAACUAUGCUCUUAACCAGAGCAGGAGCUCUGGCUACAUGGAAUGGGAGAAAGUUUUUUGUUGAAGCAUCAGUGAAAAUUUUCAAUGAACUUUUUAAGAAUUCUAGUAAAUAUUUUAUUUUAUAUUCCAUAAUUGUUUUCCAAUACACAUACAUAGAUUUACAUAUUCAUUUUGUCCACCAAAACAAUGUCAUCACACUGUGA